AAUGAAACUUGCUCACUCAACCGCAUCAUGGCUGCCAAAGACUCUCGUCAACCUCGCGCCCUCACUGCCCGUUCCCACCCCCAACCACUUCACAGAGGACCCGUCGCGAAACCCUCCCUGUUCUCCCGACUUGGGCUCGCCAGUUCCCGCCACGGUGCGUGCGCUACGACGCCUCGUCUGCCCUUCACUGGUGGGUGCCGCGACACCAAGGCCACAAACACGAGAGACAACACCAAGAGGAUUCCCAUCCAUACACUGCAGGACCACUCGGCUCUUCUCCCAUCUCCAGGACCGUGUCACCUGGGUCUGUCGCCGCCGUCCAGCUCCCAGAUUGUCCGCUGCUGCUGCUGUAACCGUCCACUGUCAUCCCGCCUACCCCACCCUUCAGCCCGCUCACCCGUCUACACAUGUACAUGCCAUUCCAAUUCUGUACCCAGCAAGACUUCUUCUGCAUCCAAGCCGACGUUCCAGGCGACCUUCUGCACUCGACAUCACGGUACCUUCCCCUAACAAUCCUCGACGCCGCCACCCAUCCCCGGCUCUCGCCCACCGCGCCUUCCUUCUUCCUGCCUUGAGCCCUCUUGCCGCUGACUGUGCUUCUCUGCUCCUCUUUUCUUUGCCUUUUUCUUCUCCCCCUCUCCCUCUCUCCCUUACCCUCGCCCUCGCCAGCCUGCCACUCGCCAUAAACUUGCUCGUUCUUGCGCACUCGCUCCCCCAGCUGUCGUUUCAUUCGACCCUGGACCUCACCCCAAUCUAUCACACAUCUUCCCAUCUCUCGCCUAUUCGAUCCGCGCACCCUGCAUUCUGCACGCAAUUCCAUCGAGCCCUACCGCUUUUGGGCUUCCCGCCAGCCACGCGGAACGCGGUUGCACAGGCUGGGUCCGUUCCGACACUGUGUUUGCGUCUGUGCCCCUCCUCCUCAAUCCCUCUCCCUGUGUAG